UGACUCUCUCAGGACAGUGGAAAGGAAGGGCCCUUAAGAUCCAGCAGCAAUCAGUCCUCCAAGGAUAGAAAGAUCACACCCACGGAGUGAAUGGCUGUGGAAAAUGACUCUUCAGUGACUGAGUUUCUUCUUAAGGGAUUAACAGACCUAUCUGAGCUCCAACUGCCCCUGUUUUUUCUGUUCUCGGUAAACUAUAUGGUCACUGUAGUGGGAAACUUGAGCUUAAUUCAUCUAAUUUGCCUGAAUUCACACCUUCACACUCCCAUGUAUUUUUUCCUUUUCAACCUGUCCUUUAUUGAUCUCUGUUAUUCAUUUGUCUUUGCCCCCACAAUGCUGAUGAGCUUUAUUUUAGAGAGGAACAUCAUCUCCUUUGCAGAAUGCAUGAUUCAACUAUUUUUCUUCUGCUUUUUUGUCAACUCUGAGUGCUAUGUGCUGACAGCCAUGGCCUAUGAUCGCUAUGUGGCCAUCUGUAAGCCUCUGCUGUACACAGUCACCAUGUCCCCUAAGAUCUGUUCCUUGCUGAUGUUUGGUUCAUAUGUGAUGGGGUUUGCUGGGGCCAUGGUCCACACAGAGUGUAUGAUCAGGCUCAUCUUUUGUGAUUCCAACAUCAUUAACCAUUACAUGUGUGACAUCUUCCCCCUCCUCCAGCUCUCCUGCAGCAGCACCUAUGCCAAUGAGGUGGUGAGUUCUUUCAUUGUGGGAACAGUUGUCAUAGUAUCGAGCCUCAUUAUCUUAAUUUCUUAUACUUUGAUUCUUUUCAACAUCCUUCACAUGUCCUCGACUAAGGGUUGCUCCAAGGCUGUGAGCACCUGUGGCUCCCAUAUAAUAACUGUUGGCCUAUUUUAUGGAUUUGGGCUACUUACUCAUGUUAAGCCAUCAUCUGUUGGGUUCAUCGGCGAGGGAAAAUUUUUCUCAGUGUUUUAUACCAAUGUGGUACCCAUGUUGAAUCCCUUCAUUUACAGCCUCAGAAACAAAGAUGUCAAACAUGCUCUGAAGAGAAUGCUAAAGAAAUUUACAAACUGA